GUAACGCGCUACAACUGAGUGCCAUUGUUAUCCAGUAGUUACCAGUAAGUUAAAGUUUUUACAAUUUCUGAACGUACACUUUUAUACGAAAGAUGCCUCCGAAGUCUGCAGCUGGCAACAAAGGUGGCAAAAAGGCUGCAAAGCCGAAGCCUACCAGUGCACUGCCUAGGGGCGCUUCCAAGAAGAAUAGAAGGAAGAAGCGCGUGGAAAGUUACAGUUCUUACAUUUAUAAAGUUCUUAAACAAGUUCAUCCCGAUGUCGGAGUUUCCAGCAAAGCCAUGUCUAUAAUGAACAGCUUCGUUAAUGACAUAUUUGAACGAAUCGCUACCGAGGCCGCUAAACUGGCCCAGUACAACAAGCGAUCGACAAUCAGCAGCCGAGAAAUCCAAACAGCUGUCAGAUUACUGCUACCUGGGGAACUUGCUAAGCAUGCAGUCAGCGAAGGCACCAAAGCUGUAACUAAGUACACCAGCAGUACUUCAUAAAUGUGGAGCAAUCUUUAUAAAAUAAGAUAUUUGUUUCUAGUUCUUGCAUUAGUUCUAAAAGUGUGUAUACGUUUAUUUAAAUUCGAUAGUUAAUGUUAAGUGUUUUGAAUAAAAAACUACAAAAUCUAACAGAAUA